GGAACACAAUAACGCAGUGGAUUCUCUCUUCAUUCAAACAUAUAGAAUGACAAAUAAUCUUGCAAUGAAAGGGAAGGUUUAAAGUGACACGGCUGUAUAGCCUCAAGGAAGGGAAACUCGUUUUUUUAGGCAGUACCUGAAUGACGCAAUUUGCAUUUUUUUUCGUUACAUGUUCAACAUUUAUUAAUGCUCAUCUCUGCUCACUGUCAGUAGUAAAUAUUCCAGAAAUAAAGCAGCAACACAAAGGUACUGAGUCAAAGUUAAAUCACUUCCAAUUCUCCAGCAUCUGACAAGAUGGAAGCAGUCAGUAACCACACACAUGAAGUACCUUGUGAAGAAAAUUACAGCACUUAUUGUCUCAACAGCGGAAUUUGCUACAGACUCGCAACAGUAACAGAGCCAUUCUGCCGGUGUAGGGAUGAGUAUAAAGGAUCCCGCUGUGAAGAAUUCUUGCUAAAUUUCGUUCUCAACGGAGAAGAUAAUGAAACAGGUUUGCUCGCAGCUUUCAUCGUGGUGGCAAUACUCACAGUUGUACUGGUAGCCGGAGCCACUGUCUAUUACUACAGAGCAUGGAAAAAAAUGAAAAGGAACAAUUCAAAUGGAACCCCAUACCAUCAUGUGGCAGGAACAAUACCUGAUACAAGGAUUGUGUAACAUAAUUAUGUUUGUAAUUGUCACCAGCAUUAUUUAAAUAAAGGCCAUUUAUGAUA